AUGUUUGGCCAUAUUGGCAAAGAUUGUCCCAAGAAAUCGGAAAAACGCGAAACAGAGGACAAUGCUGUUAACGAUGAUAAAUACAAUGAUGAAAAUGAUGAUUACAACGACGUUAAUGAUGAUGACUACUCCGAAGAUGACGAUAAUGAUGAUUACAACGAUGAUAAUGAGAAUGACGAUUACGAAGAUGAUGACGACGAUGCUGAAAGCCAAUUCCUUCAUAACGUCUUUCCACAGCCGCACCGUAUCAUUAAUUGGUAUGGUCCGCACGGGAUAAACUUCUACCGAUGCCGGGACUGCCGGGGAGUCCAUGCUCUUCGGCAUUGCCAACGGGCUGAGAAGCGGCUCCGGACGGACAACGUACCGGUAGAAAAAUGGUUUGAGAACUUUAAGCAGAAUGCCGAAGCUUACAAGCUCACAGACAAGCAGAUGUAUGUGUAUUGGCUAACGGCUGUGCCCUUGCGGAGCCCCAAACUGCUCGCUUUAUAUGAUGCGGCCUUCGGAUGA